CCAGCAGCAAAUCCUACGCAACUCGUUUUAGGGCUUUUGAAUCACACACACACUCACAUAUAUAUAUAAUACGCAUCGCAGCUCUCUCCGCCGAAGCCUCGCAGUUUUUGCCUUCUGUAAUCCUGUGUUUUCGUCUUCUCUGCAUUGGAGGAGCGAAGAUCUAAUGGCGUUGCCGAAUCAACAGACUGUGGAUUACCCGAGCUUCAAGCUUGUACUUGUUGGCGAUGGUGGCACUGGAAAAACUACAUUUGUUAAGAGACAUCUCACUGGAGAAUUCGAGAAGAAAUAUGAGCCUACUAUUGGUGUGGAGGUUCAUCCUCUAGACUUCUUCACAAACUGUGGUAAAAUCCGAUUUUAUUGCUGGGACACUGCUGGCCAGGAAAAAUUUGGUGGCCUUAGGGAUGGCUACUAUAUCCAUGGACAAUGUGCAAUCAUCAUGUUUGAUGUGACGGCAAGGUUGACUUACAAGAAUGUUCCGACAUGGCAUCGGGAUCUUUGCCGCGUCUGCGAAAAUAUCCCUAUUGUCCUCUGCGGGAACAAGGUUGAUGUCAAGAACAGGCAGGUGAAGGCGAAGCAGGUCACAUUCCAUAGGAAGAAGAACCUCCAGUACUACGAAAUAUCUGCCAAGAGCAACUACAACUUUGAGAAGCCGUUCCUGUACCUCGCCCGGAAACUUGCCGGGGAUCCUAAUCUGCACUUUGUCGAGUCUCCUGCUCUUGCCCCGCCAGAAGUGCAAAUCGAUUUGGCUGCGCAACAACAACAUGAGGCGGAGCUCGCUGCAGCUGCUAGUCAGCCACUCCCGGAUGACGAUGACGAGGUAUUUGAGUGAAAAUGGGAGGUUCUUUUUUAAUGUUUUUCAUAUGAUGGGUGUCCCGAUUCUUCUUGCGUAGCUUAGGGUAUUCUGAAGUUUGAGGGAUGGUCUACUAGUCGUCAUUUAUAUAUAUAUAUGUAGACACAUCAAUGGGAUUGUGAUUUUUAUGUCUUUGGGCAAACAAGCGAAUUAUCUCUCUCUCCGUGUUCAGGUGGUUUUUGAUUCACA